UCCGCUCUACGGAAGGCGGAGCAGCAACACAAAACUAACCCGACAGACUCCAAGCUUAGGGAACUGAACACACUCAGACACUCUAUUAGGGACAUAUCUCUGGAAGCGGUGGCACGCUCCAUACAAUGGUCAAAACGGCUCUAUUACGAGAAAGCAAAUAAAACAGACACACUGCUAGCAAGGGUGCUCCGCCCGAGACCACAGGGAAAGGUCAUCACGAAAAUACGCACGGCCACCGGCAUGCUAGUUGAGACCCCUGAGGCCAUUAACGAAGUUUUCACCUCCUAUUUCUCCAACCUCUACAAUCACUCCCCCCACCUACACACCAAUAACACCACCUAUAGGGCCGACAUACAACGAUUCCUUGUAGACCUCACGCUGCCCAAA